AUGACAGUCCAGUGCGGCUCAGUAGCAGCAUCGGGAGAAGACAAGAUGGAAAUGCAGGGGAUUGAUUCUACUUUGUUGAAGAAGGGCAAGAAGCCGCUUGGGGCCCAAACUCCCAACAAGUUUGAGAAAUUCUUUCAGCCCUGUUUGGCUGAAAUUAUUGGCACCAUGUUCUUUGUUUUCGUGGGCUCUAUGUCUGUCAUCGAGAACCCUCCAGGGGCGGGACGGCUGCAGCCGGCUGUGGUGCAUGGACUGGCUGUGGCAGUGAUGGUGGGCAUCAUGGCCAACAUAAGUGGCUCUCAUUUCAACCCUCCCUUCACUGUUGCGAUCUACCUGUGUGGAAACCUGGAGGUGAUGAUGGUGGGACCGUACCUCAUCUGCCAGCUCAUCGGAGGAGUGUUUGGAGCUGGACUGUCAAAGAUCAUUGCCCCUCCAGAUCGGUACUACAACGCCACAGGAGGAGCAUAUAAAAUCCUACAGUCAGAGACCCAGCUCACCCGGGCCAUCUUUGCAGAGGUGACCUUGACCUGUCUGUUGACCAUGGUGGUCUUGUUAGUGUCACGCAACAAAAAGAGCAAAACCCCACUCGGUCCAUUCCUGGCAGGCAGCACCGUCAUCAUCAACGGAUUGAUAGGCGGGAACAUCUCAGGACCAUGUCUGAAUCCUGUCCGGGCUUUUGGUCCGGCCGUCAUGACCAACUACUGGACCUACCACUGGGUGUACUGGGCUGGGCCCAUCGGAGGGGGCGUUGUGGCCGCUGCUUUGCUCAGGUUCAUUCUGGGUGAUAAUAACUUAAGGGUCUUUAUGAAAUCCUAA